CCACCAUCCCAGCAUCCACCCCCAGCUGCCUGAGCGCGUGAGCAGACUGCUGAUGAGGCCAUGGCAGUUAACGAUUGCCAGGUCCUGGGGCUGCAAUGGGCUUGGUGUCACCAGGGUGGUGACACGUGUUCCCCACACCCCCGGUCCCUCUCCUGCACUGACAAUGGCUUCUCUUGUUGGUGCCAUGGUGGCAUGGUGUGCCUGAAUUCCCUCACUGAAUGAACCGUUUCCCUGCUCCCUGUUGAAUUCCUGGAGUGACUACUGGGGCCUCCCAGCCCACGGCAGGGGGUCAAGGAUGGUAACUUCCCACUAACCCACUCCCUCCAUUUUCCCAUAUCCCUCCACUGUCGUUUGACGGUUUCCAUCUCUCUCAAGACUCAAAUCUCUCCUGUAGUACCCAAAUACCCUCCAUGCCUCAAAGCUUUCCCCUAAGACCACAUUCUUCCCUCUAGGAUUCAAAUCCCUUGCCUCCAACCCUAAAUCACUCUCCUCAGAUUCAAAUCUUUCCCCGUCAGACCUAAUGCUCUCUCCUGGGCCCCGGUGCUCCCCCUCCAGGCUUCUUAAUUCCCGCCUCCCGGUACCCAAUUCCCCCUAAGCUCCAAGUAACCCACUCCCUUGGCCCCAACUCUCCUACUCGAAGAAUCAAAAGAUCCCCCCCCGGGACCUAAAUCUCGUCGCGCAAGACCCACAUCUCUCCCUUCACCUUAAAUCCCCCCCCUCGCCGGCCCGUCUUCCCCCUCAGAGCCCCUCCUCCGGCCUUUUCCCUCCUCCCACGGCCGCUCUCCCUCAGCCGGGGCCGGGCGCGGGGCGGCGAUGGCCGGCGGGGCGCGGGAGCUGGCCGGGUAUCUGGCGGCGCUGGCCGGCUGGGUGGCGGGACUGGCGGCCGCCGUGCUGCCGCAGUGGCGGCAGAGUUCAUACGCCGGGGACGCCAUCAUCACGGCCGUGGGGCUCCACGAGGGGCUGUGGAUGAGUUGCGCCGCCCAGAGCACCGGGCAGGUGCAGUGCCGCCUGCACGACUCGCUGCUCUCCCUCGAAGUUCACAUCCAGACAUCCCGGGCUCUCAUGGUCAUUUCUCUCCUCCUGGGCUUCUUUGGCAUCAUCGUGAGCGUGAUGGGCAUGAAAUGCACUAAAGUUGGGGAGGAGGAUCCUGUCACCAAAAGCCGCGUAGCUGUUGCUGGAGGUGUUCUCUUCAUUCUCUCUGGUCUGUGCACACUGGCUGCCGUGUCGUUGUAUGCAACACAGGUGACCUAUGAGUUCUUCAGAGAGAGCACCAUCCCCAUCAACGCUAGGUCACCCAUGAGCGCAGCCCUGCAGGUGACAGCAUUUGGGCUCACUCUUCUCUCAACACUCUUCCUACUCCUGGCCACGUGUACAGACUGCUGGAUGGUCAAUGCUGAUGACAGCUUGGAGGUGAGCAGAGAAAUCACCUGGAAGGUGAGCAGAGUAGCCACCUUUAAGGUGAGCAGAGCAACCGUCAUCCUCAAGGUAAGUCACAAAUGCCGGGGCCUUUGGAGGGAGUGUGUCACCAACAUGCAGGAUGGGGUCAGGACCUGUGACCAAUAUGACUCGAUUCUGGCUGACCACCCAGUGAAGAUCGUGGUGACACGGACCCUGAUGAUCAUGGCAGAUCUCCUGGCUGGCCUGGCUUUGGCUACACUGGUCCUUGGGCUCGACUGCAUCACGUUCCUCAAGGAAGAUCCUUGUGUCAAACUGAAGAUGUGCUAUGGAGCUGGAGUCAUACUCUGCACUGGGAGCAUCCUGGGGCUCAUAGGCUCUGUGUGGUAUGCAGUGGACGUCUACGUGGAGAGGGCCAUGCUGGUAUCACACAAUAUAUUCCUGGGAGUCCACUAUGACUUUGGGUGGUCGUGCUGGCUGGGGAUGGCUGGCUCCACGGGCUGCUUUGUGGCAUCUGUCCUGCUGACCUGCUGCCUCUAUUCCUGCACAGCCCCCAGCAGCUGCUGUCAACCCCAGAGGCAUCCCCAGCCCUGGGGCCAAACAGCCACCCGGACAGCCACCAGCAAGAUGUACGCCAUGGAUUCCUGUGUGUGAUGGCC